AUGCGUCGACAGCUCCGCGCCCAAACGAACGACGAAACUUUACGGCAACCAGGCUACCCUCGUCAUCGUGCGCAAACUGCACACGACAUCGGCUCAGGAUCUGAGUAUAUCCCACGUUAUGAGAGCUCUUUUUAUGCUGGACAGCCGCAAAGCUUCAGUAUGCCUUCUCUCGUGCGUACCGUCACAGCCAGUCCUCAGCCGCUAAGUCGUGCCCUCACACCGACUCCUCAAGUGGUUAGUGUUGACCCCCAACGCUCUGCAUCGAAACAAUAUGCUCCAAGUACAUCUGAGGGUUUCAUGAGGCGUAUGUCUCGUUCCCGGAGUGCAUCUACGCUUUCUUUCCGCAAGUGGAGAGUCAAAAAUAAGUCAACACCGAAUGUGAUUUCUCAGCCUAACGAUUCGAGGCCAAACUCCCCCGUAUGGGGUCCGCGUGUACAGUCACCGAUGCUUAUGAUUAAUCGAGAGUAUAUGGGCCCCGAUACAUCCGUUAGCACAGCGCCUAGUGUGAACAGUUUCGAUCUCUCGCUUAGUCCAACAAGCUCGCAUCAACUUUCUUCCGCCAUGGACCAACGCAGUCUUGUCUCACCAUUGCAAGGAGGUGAUAUUACCUCCGAUUCGUUUUCUUCGCUGCUUGCGAAUGAUUGUGAUACGCCGCAUAUUCCUCAAAGUCAUGCCUAUGUGCCUUUCAAUGAUAACUCGUUUAGUUCCCGCCGUCCUAGUGAGGAAACUAACCUUCUAUACCCGCGAGAGACUGAGCAUUCCAGUGUUAACAAAUCUUGGUUCCCCGAGAAGCAGCCGGAUACGACAUCAGAUUCCCAUAAACGAACGGAUGUGACAUGGCUGCAUGAUACAUCGGCUGACGGUUCCACGGCUAACUCUCUGCCUUUACCGACAUCAGAUCCGACGACAUGGAACCAUGUCACAUCUCAGCCCUCAUAUGAUACGCAAGAGGUGCUUGAUCCACUUAAAAAGUCACAAGGGAUGUCUCCUUCGCCGGCACUUCGAGUUGUCAAGUUGGACCAAAUUGCUCCGCCCCCGUCUUCUGUGCCUGAAGACUCUUCGACACAGAGCGUCCCUGAAUCACCCUCGAUUUUUCACCCAAAGCUUAAUUUGUCUAAGCCUCUACCUGAAUUAGAAACCGAGACGCCAGCUUCAGAAACGGACACAUGGCCCUACGAGACAGAUAAAGACGUUUCUAUCGCUACAUCUGAAGUGGAAGAAGUGCAUGGAGAUGUUUUUAAAGCAUUGCCAACUCCGGCUUUCAAUGAUUCCGGCAGUCAGUCACAAUCACGUCUUGAACCGACCCUCGAUCCCCUCGUUUCGAUCUAUUCUGGCGUGUCAUCUCAAAGUUCGCCCAACAAGUCACUCUCUUUAGCUUCUCGUUUGUCCGACUCUAACCAUACUGUUGGACGCAAAGACUCUGUGGAAGCCACAACACAAUGUGCACCUGAAGGUAUUGAUGACAUGCUUCUGGCAGCGCUGAAUAUUGCCUCUGAGACACCAUCGACAUCUUUGCCUGUCUCUUUCGCACCCUUCGAACGAGACACGUCGUCUGCUUCUACCAAGGAGCUUCCUGAUAGUGCGAGCCAUGGACUACCCGAUUCAAGGAACAGUACACCCGCUGCCUCGUCUUGGGAUGAUCCGACCAAUAAAAUGGCACCACAUGUGGAAGAGUUUCAGGCGCAACAGGCAUCCCUGCGCGGAACUAUUGAAACCUCCAAGGCCGAAAUUUUGCAGCUACGCGAAAAGAUUCGAGCCUUUCGCGUCGAAGUUGGUGGUGACAGUGGCUCCCUGAAUGGUUCACCUUUAGAUCUUAACAUGUCAUCACUCUCUUCGACGCAAAAGCGCCGCCUUCGCGAUAGCCUUGCGUCGAUGGAUAAUUUAGACCAGCGCUUAUCAGAGAUGCUGGAACAUAAUGCCUCAGUGAACUAA